GGCGCAGCGUCAACUGCGGGUCAGGCCAACGCCGGUACCAACUUCUGCCUCACUGCCUCAGCCUGCUGCAGUUCUCCAAAAGAGUUCGAACUGGACGUGUGUUCUCCACAAUCAUCUAAAAACAAAAUAAUUUCAAACGAGUGAAAGAGAAAGAAAGAGAAAUAAAAUGGCAGCUUCUCAGUACUAUCACGUGCAGCAGUGCACACCAACUGUUUAUCCCGCCGAUCCAUUUGACGCAGAGGAAGAUGCAGCUUUAUUGCGUGGUGCAAUGAAAGGCUUUGGAACUGACGAGAGGACAAUUAUUGAUGUUUUGGCGCGACGAGGAAUUGUCCAGCGUCUCGAAAUUGCCGAUAAAUUCAAGACCAUGUACGGCAAGGACCUUAUAUCCGAAUUGAAGUCAGAGCUUGGGGGAAAUUUCGAAAAUGCUAUUAUCAGCCUGAUGACGCCACUGCCAGAAUUUUAUGCCCGUGAAUUACACGAUGCAAUUUCCGGAAUGGGAACCGACGAGAAUGCAAUUAUUGAAGUUCUUGCCUCCCUCAGUAAUUAUGGUAUCAAAACAAUAUCUGCCGUCUAUAAAGAAAAGUACGAUAAUGAUCUUGAGGAUGAUUUGAAAGGAGACACAUCUGGUCAUUUUAAGAGAUUACUUGUUUCCCUAUCAUGCGCAAGCAGAAACGAAGAUUCUACUGUUGAUGAGGCAGCAGCCGUGACGGAUGCACAGAGACUUUUGGAAGCCGGAGAAGGUCAAUGGGGAACUGAUGAGAGCACUUUUAAUGCUAUUCUGAUUACGAAAAGUUUUCCUCAACUUCGCAGAAUUUUCAAAGAAUACGAACGACUCUCUGGAAACAGCGUGGAAGACGCUGUCAAGAGAGAAUUCUCUGGUUCUCUUGAGGACGGAUACCUCGCAGUUGUGAAAUGCGCCCGUGAGAAAACUGCAUAUUUUGCCGAGAGAUUACACAAAUCAAUGUCAGGUAUGGGAACCGAUGACAAAACAUUGAUUCGAAUAAUUGUAGCAAGAUCCGAAAUUGAUUUGGGAGACAUUAAAGAAAUGUAUCAAAACAUGUAUGGACAAUCUCUCGCUGCCGAUAUCGAUGGCGACUGUUCGGGAGACUACAGGAAACUUUUACUUGCUCUGACCAACUGAAUUAAUUUAAUUAUAAUUCCAUUGUUUCACUCAUUAACUCGUGAGAUAAAUUAUAUAUUGUAUUAAAAUAAUUAAAAGUUAAAACGUACGUAUUAUUGCGAACUUUAGAAUAAUACAAAAGAAAAAAUUUGUUUUUCAAAUAUUAUUUAUUAAAAUGUCGCAGUUUAAUUCGAUUAUUUAAAAUCAAACAUAUUUAUCUAUCAUUAUGUGUGGAAUAUUAAAAUUUUUCAAUUAUCAAGUUUUUAUCACACUGUGUAACCAAAGAUGUUUAUGCAAAAUUUUUUUGCCGUUUAUUAAAAAUUAAUAAUGUUCUGAAAAUAAAAAUACAUUUUUAACAUA